UUUAAAAUGUGGUGCCUGAAGUUAGUGGUGGUAUGCCUGUUUCUGGUAGAGAGUGGGGGUGACUGCCCUAAUGUGAAAACACAACUCAGUGCUAUAAGGAAGAGGAGGCAUAUUACGUUUCCCGAUGGAGCGGAUUUUGUUAUGACGAUCUCACUGGUGAAGGCGUUCAUGACACACGCCCCAUCAGGGUGGAACCUCGCGCUGGAGAUCGACGUCCUCUUCCCGCUUCCCGACGCCAACUUUACCAACGCCAUCUAUCGGAGGAAGCUGCACCACAGGCAGAAAAGGGAGUUCUGGGAGAGAUUGGAGAACGCUUUAGACUAUCACAAUAUGAACGGGCAAGCUUGCAUAUUACGGAGCGUCUGUGAAGCCAGAACUCAUUUAGCGGAGCCAGGAAAAUCGCUUGUCCAUGACCUGCUACGAGUCAUUUUUACGGCGCCGCUUCACGAGAGGGGGUUCGUGGAGGAAGUGGGGGGGAGGUACGAGGAUCUGCUCGACCCCCACCUCUGUGACAAGGUCAACGACUGUCCGAUUUCUUUUCUGCAAGUUGUUUUGGCGCUGAACAAGCAGAGGUAUUAGA